AUGAGCAAUGCUGAUUUAUUUAUAGCUAUUGAAAAUGCUGAAAUUGAUAAAGUAAGGAACCUAAUAAAUGAUGGAAUCAAUGUUAACGAGAAAGAUGGUUUCGGGAGAACUCCUUUACAUUUGGCUGUUGAAAAGAACAACAAAGAAGCAGUAGAUGCUCUACUAAAAGCAAGAGGAAUUAAUGUUUAUGCAAAAGAUAGUUCAGGAAAGACUCCUUUAGAUCUUGCUCAUUAUAGAGAUCACAAAGGAAGUCACACUACAUUGAUGAUUGCUCUGACAAAAACACAAAAUGAAAUAGAAGAUUUGUGUUUAGCUAUUAAAGAUGUUAAGGUUAAGGAAGUAGACGAUUUAAUAAAUCAAGGAGUAAACGUCAAUGUAAUAGAUCAAGAUGGAAGGACACCUUUACAUUAUGCUGCCAAAAAACACAAUGAGGAUAUAGCAAAUGCUUUAAUAAAGGCAGGAGCAGAUAUUAACAUAAAAGAUCAAGAUGGAAGAACACCUUUACAUUGGGCUGCCAUAGAACGUAAUGAGGGUGUAGCAAAUGCUUUAAUAAAAGCAGGAGCAGAUGUUAACGCAAAAGAUGACUAUGGAAGGAUUCCUUUACAUUGGGCUGUCAACGCAGGCAGUAUAGAGGUAACACAAAUUCUAUUAGAGACAAAAGUUAACGUUAAUGCACAAGAUAAAAAUGGAAAGGCUCCUUUACAUUUGGCUGCUAAAGAAAAUCACGCAGAGUUAGUAAAAGUUCUGUUAAGUAAUAGAGCAGAUAUUAGCGUAAAAGAUCACCACGGAGAUACUCCUUUCAAUUUAACUACUAACGAAGAAAUAAAAGCUCUAUUAAGAAAUGCUGCUUUACUUGAGGCUGUUAAAAGUGGCAACAUUAGUGAAGUAAAACAUCUAGUAAGUGAAGGAGCAGAUGUUAAUGUAGUUGAAGAUUUUUUUACCCCUUUAUACUGGGCUGCUAAAAAUAAACAUUUUAGUAUAGUCGAAAUUCUAUUAGAUAAUGGAGCACAUAUUGAUAAUGGCGAUUAUUCUCGAGACCGCGGUGUAUUAGAUCUAUUACGAAAAAAAGAAGCUGAAUAUUGCAAGAGUUCUCUACAUCUGGCUGCUAGGCUUGGCAAGUUGAGAGCAGUAGAAGGUCUAUUAGAAAAAGGGGCAAAUGUUAAUGCACAAAAUGAUAGAAAAGAUACUCCUUUACACUUCGCUGCUCAAAGUGGUCAUAGGCAUGUAGUGCAAGCUCUAUUGGCCAAAGGGUGGGUGAAUGGUGAGGGAAAAGGAACAAGUGUGGAGCCUGCUUCCAAAGAGCCCACACAAACAGAAGAACAGCCGAGCUCUUCAGGUAAUGCAGAAGGUCUACAGAAAGAUGCUGGUACGCAACAGAAGGAAGGGCAAAGAGAUAAUGUUCAAUUACACCCAGAUAGUAAUGAAGGAAAUUCAGAGGAGGAAGAACAGCCGAGCUCCUUUUUGGCUAAGGAAUUUUUCAGCUUAGAUGACAAAAGUGAUGUCGCGUUAAGAAAGUUUGUUCAAGAAAAGCAUAUCCCAAAGUUUUACCCUCAAAGCACAGUUGAGACGGCCAAAAUCAUAGAUUAUGUACAAGAAAUGAUAAGCUCUAUUCGUUCAAUCGAAGAAGACUUUCAACAAUGUUAUGGACUAAGUUUAAAAGAUAUGAAUUAUGAUUUUAGCAAAAUAAGAGAAGCAGUUUACUUUAGCCAGGAUGAUUUAAUAAAAGGCAGGCAUAUAACCAAUAAAGAAAUUUAUAAAGGGCUAGCUAAUAAAAUUGGUUCUUCGAUUGAUAAAGGAAUCCAAACUUAUGAGCUAUUUAAGCAUAUUCCCUUUAGUACUUUAUCAGUGAAAAAUCACAAAAAUAUUCUCAAGAGAGAUACUAAUACUGAACAACGUAAUAUAGACAAAGAAACAUUGGAUAAAGCUUUGAAUGAGAUGAAAAUCGGAGAUGAAAGAAAAAUUUGGAUAAGUGAUAUCAGGAGAAAAUCUUCAAAAAAAUCAUUCACAGGAAGACUAAAAUUAAUCCUGUCUCCUGUGGGAAAAGAGGCAAUAAGAGGAAUGCAACACAACACUGGACAUUCUAUGAUGAUUUAUAAAGCUGAAGAAGGCAAGUUUAAUUUUUUUGAUCCUAAUAUGGGCUUUCUUGAAGGAUUAACAGCUCAUCAAAUAUCUGCUACUUUUGCUCAUAGUUUUAACUUGGUUAAUCAGGCUAUUGAAGGCAAGUUAAGUAAUAUUGCUUUUCUUGAUAAUAAAAAGAUUCUAAAUAAAAUUGAAAAAGGAGAGUACAGUAGUGGAUUAAGCGCAGAAUACGAUGAUAUAUUUGAAGAAGAAGUUUCAUCCUUUCUGAGCGCUAUAAACCUUGCUGAGCUGUCUGUUCAGUCUCCGUUCAAAUCCAAGCUACUGAAUUCAUAA